AAUUAAUCUAGUGACAAUUAAAAUGUGUUGACUCCAGUUAAAUGGAAAUAAAGAUAAAAUAAAAUCAUAUAUAAGACCAAGUUAUUGCCACUGGUGAUAAAAAAUAUCAAACAUCAUGAAGUGUCUAAUUAUUGUUACGGUGUUCUGCAUUUUGGCUGUGGUCGACGCAGGCCCUACCCCUACCAGCGAACAAAGGGCAGCUGUCAAAAAGGCCCAUGACCAUUGCCAAACCAACGAGGAAACUAGAAUUGACGACGAUGUGUUUGAAAAAGUUAAGAGGGGCGAAAAGGUAGACAACGCAAAACUGUCAAAACAUACUCUAUGUAUGAACGUACAAACGGGGCUUCAAACGCAAAGUGGUGAUAUAAAUGUAGACAAAUUGAGGAAGGCUCUGACUGAAGCUAUAAGCGACCCAAAUCUUGUAAAUACAAUCGUAGAGAAAUGCGGCAAACGCGUAGCAGGUGAAACCGCUGAAGAAUCUGCUGUUACUUUUUUCAAAUGUCUUCAUUCGCAAGGUCCACCACAUGGUCAUGGACACCAUUAAAUAAGUUUUAGCCUAGAAUUAGCGUAAAUAAAAGAUUAUAUAAA